AGCCCGAGCCGGGCCCUUGCAGGCGCCGCUGGGGGGAGGGGAACUUUCCUGGCUGCCCCCCCUCCCCGAAACCCCGACAGGCUGCGCCCAGCGCUCCUGGGGGGCCCCGUCUGGUGCAGGGCCGCGGGGGCCCCCGUCCCAGGGGCCUCUCCCUGCCCCUCGCGGCGGCUCAAAGCGGAGCCAGGGUGGCGCCUCCAGACCUCCUGCCCCAGCAUGGACGAGGGGCAGGCCAGAGAGCUGCUGGGGUUCCUCCACCUGGACACCCGGCCUGAUAUAAAGGGCCAGGCCACAGGCUACGUUCUGGGGCUGACGGGCAGCGUGGAGGGGCGGAUGCUGCUGGCGGGCAGGCCGGAUUUCCUGGAGACUCUGCUGCUGCUGACGGGUGACCGCUCCUUGGCCGUGGUGAAGGACAGUUACCACUCACUCAUCAACUUGUCUGUGGCUGCAGCCACCCAUGGGGCCCUGGCCAAGGAGCUGCCAGUGCUGCUGCAUCGCCUGCUGGACCCGGGCUACGCCUUCGCCGACCAGGUCUGCACCCUCCUCUCCAACCUGUCCCGGGAGGAGGCCACCUGCCGCCAAGUUUUCUGGGCCAUGCAGGAGGAGGGGCUGGGGCUGGCCCAGGUUGUGGACGCGUUCUGCACCAAAGGCUACAACAAGAAGGCAGCCCUGCACUACCUGGGCCCCCUGCUCUCCAAUCUGACUCAGCUGCCGGAGACCCGGGAGUUCCUGCUGGACAGAUCCAGGUGCGUGGUGCAGAGGCUGCUGCCCUACACGCAGUACGAGGCCUCCGCCAUCCGCCGAGGGGGGGUGAUCGGGACGCUCAGGAACUGCUGCUUCGAGUACAAGUACCAUGAGUGGCUGCUAGGCGCUGAGGUGGACCUGCUCCCCUUCCUCCUGCUGCCGUUGGCGGGCCCUGAGGAAUUCCCUGAAGCGGAAAUGGAAAGGCUGCCUAUGGACCUGCAGUACCUGCCGCAGGACAAGCAGCGGGAGAAGGACCCCGACAUCCGGAAGAUGCUGCUGGAGGCAGUCUUGCUGCUCACAGCCACCAAGGCCGGCCGGCAGCUGGUGAAGGAGAAGGGCACCUACCUGGUCGUGCGGGAGCUCCACCAGUGGGAGACGGAGCCCGACGUCCUGGCUGCCUGCGAGAAGCUGAUCCAGGUGCUGAUUGGGGAUGAGCCUGAGGCCGGGAUGGAGAACCUGCUGGAGGUGAAGAUCCCCAAGGAUGUGGAGGAGCAACUGCAGCGCCUGGAUCGGGAGGCGGAGCGGCAGCAGGAGACGCAGAGCAAGGGGCCUGGGGCACAGAUGGGCUCCCAGGGGCUGUCGAGGUGACUUGCUGACCUGCUUGCCCUGCCCUGGCAGCGGAGGGCGCUCGGACUCUGCCCAGCUGAGGGCUGUGACCUGCCAGCUGUUGUGGUAGCCACGCCCAGCCGGACCAAAUGGAACUGGAUGCAGCCCCCCUUGUGAGGCCUGUAGCGACGGCAGCUCCCAGCUCAGCCUGGCGGCUCUGGAGCAUCGAGAGGGCACUGGGAGCUCCUUCCCUUGAGGUUCCUUGCUUUGCUCCAGCCCACCUCGGUCGCCACUGCCUGACCCAGGCAAGAUGAAUCGGGGGGGUCUCAGCUGGGCUCCGGAGGGCCAGGGUUCCCCCUUGCACAGUGCAGCAGUGCUGGCAAAGAGGGGCUGCUCGGCAGGGCAGGGCAGGGCUGGGGCACAGUGGGAGAUGGUGGUGCGCACACAAAGUGCUGCUGCUCCCCGGCUGUGGGGCUGCCCCUGCCAUCAGCGUGGCUCAGAGGAAUGGUGGCCGGCAGCUGCCUGGGCUGUGCCCUGAGAUUCUCACCUGCACCCAGCGCUGUGCCAGCCCCCGUCCUGAACUGGCAGGUGCACGUGCUGAGCCGGCGUCCACACAAGUGAACCUGGCCUGGUGCCUCUGGGAGGCUGAUUCCAGCCCUGCCUGGGCACAGGCUGUGUCUCUAGCGAGGGGGAGAUGGAUGCUGAGCCCUCGGACCAGCAGUAACCUGCUGUUUAAUUCCAGACGGUGGGAGGAUGGGGAGGCAGAGCCAGGGGCUGGGAGGCAGGAGCUGGACAGUGGCUUUGGGCUGGGUCCUGUUCUUAGCUGUUAAAUAUAUUUGAGAGGCCGGACACCCCAACUGUCCCAUGUGUUGUUUCCUGCCUGAAAGACCCUGGUGUGACGCAGCAGGGAGGGGGGAGUGUUGACCUGGGAAUGUGGCAGGGGAGUUUCACUGGGGAUGGGAGACCUGAGAGCCUGUCACUUGAGCCGGGAGAGGGAUGGGGAGGUAACACCUCUGCCCGGGAAACUGGACAAAGGCUGCAGGAGGGAGCCUGCUGGGGGGGGGGGGGUUUGGUUUCAGUAGGUGCUGGGUGGUGGAACGUAGGGAACCCCAGGGCCGGGGUCUAAACUCCCUGCCCCCCGGAAGGACUUGACUGUGGGGUCCUGGUUGUACCCACAAGCUCUGUUUUAGACUGUGUUCCUAUUGUCCAAUAAACUUUCCAUUUUA